AUAGAGGGUAAACCCAAAAUCUGAAUUUUAAUUAAUAUCAUUUUCAUCAAAAGAGAAUGAGAGGCAUGGUGAAGAAGCUACUAUGUGGCGGAUCCAAGAACUUUGCGUCUUCAAGAACAUCGGCAUUACCAGAAGAAGGAAAAGUUCGGGUUUAUGUAGGUAAGGAUAAAGAGAGUCAGCGCAAGCUAGAGGUUGAGGCUAACUUGUUAAACCAUCCAAUGUUUGAGGAUCUACUGAGAUUGUCAGAAGAAGAAUACGGACACUCAUACGAAGGGGCUUUGAGGAUUGCUUGUGACAUUGAUGUCUUCAUCAAUUUGAUCAAUCUACUAAAAACCACGCAUCAUCAUAAUCCAUCCCUUUGA